AUGACCCGUAUCAGUCCUGCAAGGGACGGUUCAUAGCUCAUGUCGUCUAGAGAGGACGUGUUGGCUGCCCUCUUCUCCGAGCCCCUUGGAGCCCUUCCUCAGAGCACUGCUGGGGAGGGAUGGUGGGGACCGCUUUGGUGUGCUGGGAUGGAUUUUGGGGGCUGCCCCUGCCACAAAAGGCCCUGAGAAACCUCUCACAGCUGGGGUGGUUGGACUACCUUGGCUGGGAAGUGGGGAAGCUUGUGGUUUUCCUCAGGGCUUCACACCUAGCUGGCUUAUCUCCUGCCUGAGCAAGGAAGCAAAAUAAGUACUGCUGCCAGCAAUGAUGCUGCUGAGGAUCUUGGCAGCCUGCUGGGGAGGGUGGCAUUCAGUCUGUUCUCAACAGCUGUGUGGGUGCCCUGUGGUAGAGGUGGCAGCGCUAGGCUAUGGUACAUGAGGUGCUGCUGUCUGGAACAACCCUGAGGGUCCUGAGAUCCUAUGGGUGCUCCUGGUGGCCUGAGAUCUCCCCAGGACUAGCAGGAAUGCUGGGAAGAACUGUUAACCCCCAAACUUACCUUAUGGGACCUCUGCAAAUGGAGCUGCCACAUUUCGUGGGGUGAAAGCACUCUGCAGAGGACCUGCCCUGCCACCCUUCUGGCUGAAAGCCCACGUGGUUGCAUUGGUCUCUUCCCUCCUUAAAAUAUGAUUUUUUUUUUUUGUUUUCUCCAUGCAAAAUUGCAGGCCUGCCUGCUCCCUGUUGGAAGCUCGCCUUGCCCUCGGGUCGGGCAUGGCCCCCACCCUCGGACCAGUGACUGCUUGUUGGGUCUCUGCUGUCCCAAGACACCCUCUGGGAAUGCAGCAAAGCCUCCUCUGGUGCCAGCGGUGUGAACAUGGGUGUCGCACACCAGUACAGACCAACUGCCCUCUGGCCAGGAUGAACAUCUAUAUGGGGCCCUGGAGAGGCACUCCCAGGCAGGAAAGAAUUGAAAUCUUCAACCUGGAUAUGAAGACUGGGGACACCCUGAAGGUCAAGGGCAAGAUACCCAGUGAUGCUGAUGGCUUCAGCAUCAAUCUCGGCUGCAGCUUCUCUGAUCUGGGACUUCACUUCAAUCCCCGCUUCAAUGAGUCUGUCAUCGUCUGCAAUUCCAGGUGCUCCAAUACCUGGCAGGCAGAGCAUCGUGAUAAACACCUCUGUUUCUCCAGGGGCUCCACUGUCAAGUUCGUCAUUGAAAUGCUGGCAGACAAAUUCCAAGUAAAACUGCCGGAUGGGCAUCAAGUGGAGUUCCCCAACCGGCACUACUACAACAGGAUCAGCUACAUGAGCGUCAAGGGAGGCUUCAGGGUCACCUCCUUCAAGCUGGAGUGAUGGGCGCCACUUCCUAGCUCUAAUAAAAACCCAAGCAGCGGGAGGCUGCUUGCUCCAGCUGCUUUGGCUUCUGUGAGAUCUCUGGCUCUGUGGGAAACAAAGCUCAGGGUUUUUCCAUCAGCUGGAAAGGAGCCCUUGUUGGAUGGAAAUAGCUCCUAGAUAACACCAGGUGCUUUUCCAGGUCAGACCAGGAUGUGGGGUGGAUAGUAGGUAGGGCGAAGCAGGCUGUAGGUGGGGUUUGGGAGGAGGAGGGCACUAUGUGAUUGCUCGGGGAAUGGCUGUGUAAUCUCUUCACAAUGCACCAUUUGAGUUUUUGGGAGGGAGGGAGGAAGGGGAAGAAAAGCAUGGAUGUGAGCGAUGUGGCA